CGCGCGCCCGCCGCCCAGCCCCAGCUGGCCCGAGACUGGUCCGCGAGACGCCCGCCGCUCCGCCGGCGACCCGCAAGACCGCCCCCGUAGAGAGAGCGGCGGGCCCGGCCCCCGCGGCAGACCCAGCAGCAGCCCCCGCGCAGGGGUUGAGCAGAUGGCGCGCGUCCACGCCGGGAUGCUGUUCACGGUGAAGAACACCUUCCUCAACUUCGACGAGCCGGCGCAGGAGCCGGCCCUGCGGCGUAGCUGCUCGGACUGCGCGCUCCUGGCCCCCCGGGUCGCGGAGGCCCUGGGCCGCGCGGCGCUCUGCCAGGACGCCCUCUGCGCGCUGCCCCGGGGCGCCGCGCCGCCGCGGCGCCCCAAGGAGGAGCCCCCGGCUCCGCCGGCGGUCGAGGCCUCCGCGGUGCAGGUGCCCGUGGGGCCGGGCACGCCGCCCACCGAGCUGCGGACCACAGUGAUGCUUCGGAACCUGCCCUACCAGCUCACCCUCGGCAAGCUCGUGGAGCUCCUGGAGCUGCGCGGCCUCGGCGGCAGGUACGACAUCGUCUAUGUGCCGAUGGACUUCAACAGGAAGCAGAGCCUGGGGUAUGGCUUCGUGAACCUGGUCAGCCCGGAGGCUGCCUCCAUGUGCUUCAGAUCCUUCAACGGCUUGGACAAGUGGCCGUGGAGGUGCUCCAAGGUGUGCCAGGUUGUAUGGAGCGACGUCCAGGGCUUCGACGCGAACGUGGGCCAUUACAGGAACAGCCCCGUGAUGCACCCGGAUAUCCCAGCGCCGUUCAAGCCGACCAUCUAUAGCGGCGGUUUGCCAGUGGAGUUUCCGCCUCCCACUCGGGAGCUCAAGUGCCCUCGACUCCGGAGGGGACACAUGCUGGUAAAGUGAGUAGUCUUGGUUCUGGCCCGCAGGAGUCAGAGAGGAUGACGGAAGGGAUCGUUCUUCCCACAUUCACAUAAGGCGUUCUUUCCAUGGUUUCCGCAACACGCCAGAUGGGGAUCAGCGUCUAUCCGCAGGUGCCUCAGCGCUUGCGUCUGCCGUGGAGUGCAGCAGACUGUGUUGGAUUCGCGGAACAGGUCAGCCCCAAUGUUGAACGGGUGAGGCUCUGUUAGCCCAGCACUGUUUUUUGAUAGACCAGCUCGAUGUUGAGUAUUUCGAGGUCAUGGCAACCUGCUCCGCCCAGUUUGGGUCGAGAGGCCAUCAUCGCUCUGAACCCGCAGAGAGCAUCGAUGCACCACCAACGGCCCGCGGGAAGCGCAGCGCAUUACGGUCGGUAACCUUUUCUCUCUUUUUUUUCAGCGGCGGCGUUGUCUGGCAGGGCAUGCUGUCCACGGUCUGCGCGAGGCUGCCAGAAGUCGCGAGACCACUCCACUCUUCGCCACGUCCUUCCCCGAAUGGAUGGGGCGGGCGGGGGUAUAUUUUUUUUUUCCGCCUGGGUGGGACGAGUCAUAAGACAUGAUCUUCUGCUGCGCCCGCCCAGCCCUCCGUGCGCGUGAUCUGCUGCUUCCUCCGCCCGGCCCACCGCGGGAGGCCCCCGUGCGCGGGGCUCCGUGCACGGGCACCACAGCGGCUUCGGCUCGCACGGCCCCGUGCACGGUCGGCCCUGGCGCCGCGGCUCGCGCGCCCGCGCUGCCCGAACCACGGGCCCCCGAGGCCCGAGCUCCUGGGACGAGGGCGGG